AUGGAGAAUAAGAAAAUAAAGAGGAGAAAUACAGAAUUGCAAGAUUUAGACGAUGAAACAUUGAUUGAAAUUCUUAUACGAGUACCGGCAAAAGACGGCCAUAGAUGCAAGUGUGUGUCGAAGCAUUGGCUUUCUUUGAUUUCCAGUCCCUUCUUUGUGCAUUGCCAUCGUGGUCGUGGUCGUGGUCGAAUCUGUAGCAGUACAGGGGAUGAUAAUGAGAAAGACCUGUUUUUUCAACUUGUCAAUACAUAUUACAGUUCUGUAUUUCAGACUGGGAGCACUACUACAACUUCACUACCGUGCCUAAAGGUGCAAACUAUACCAAACAACAACUUAAUAUCAUUUGAUUUCCUAAAUCAUGAAGGGAUUCGCAAUGUGCUAUCAUUUGUAUCUAAUCAUGAUUUAGUCUUGAUAGAAUCAACAUUUAGUAACCUAUAUGAUCCCUUUGCCAUACAUCUAUUUGUAUGUAACCCUAUAACUAAGCAAUCUUAUAAACUUCCUCAACCUCCACCUUUUUUCAUCGACAAUAAACUCAACAAUUGCAAGACUGAUUUCAGAGGCUGCAUUUGUAGUGUCGAUGAUCCAGCCCUAUACAAAGUGGUACUCGUUACGAAGGCGGCAAGGCCUAACCAUGGCGGAGGAGGCAUUACAAGUGACGGGUUUUUGCAUAUCUACGUCUUCUCGUCGGAUACUAAUAGUUGGCUUAAGUACCUUGUUCCUACACAUCCAGACCUCGUUGUAGACAAGGUAAGAUCAAAAGAAGCAGCAGGGCAAGAUGGCACGACGUUAAAUGGAGAAUUACUUUGGUGUACUAGUAACAUGAUUGUGAUAUAUAAUCCUUUUAAGAAUCCUCAACAAUGUGACUUCAUUGAUGUUCCACAAGAUGCAAUGAUCGUCAAAAACAAGCAAACACACUACUAUUUAGUUCUUGGUAAUGGUAGUAUAUGUGUAGCAAAUAUUGAACAACAACUUCGUCUUUAUAAUUGGAGAUUUUUAACUCCUUCAACACAAACAAUUAAAGUCUGGGAUAUGAAGGAUUACACAGAUAAAAACAAUCGGAGUUGGGAAAUAAAGCAUUUCGUCGAAUUUAAUGCUGUUAAUUGGCAGGACACCAUAAACUCUGCUGAUUUGAAGUACUUCUCUAUCAAAGGUUUUAAUCCUUAUGAUGGAGAUGUCAUGUAUGUUUUAUCGGUGUUCGAGAAACGUCUACUGGCUGUGAACCUGAGAACUAAGACAGUGCAUUCGAUCUCUAAAUUCAAGCCCCCUAUUUAUCCUUCUUAUUCCAUGGAUUCGUUUAAAUUGUUCCCUUAUAACCCACCUUCAUGGCCAACCCCAAUCCUUAAGAGUUCGGUUGCGAGACUGUUGUGA